UAUUUCAAAUUUAGCGAGUAUGUCAGAAUCAGGGAUCAAAACAAAGGUGAAAUUGAAAUUACUUUCGAGAUUUGCGUAAAAUUUUAUUCGUCUAUUUAAAUUUGCCAUCAAUUAACUAUAAUUAUUGGAGAUCAUACAAGUAAAAAGUUAAAUCAAUCGCGACUUAUAAGCUGGCUAAAUUUGAUUUAUCUAUAUGAUUGCUCAAAAUCUGGUGGAAAGCCCGGUGAAUCAACCCACGUGAGUUCCCGAAACGAACACGUUUAGCUUCGUCAGCAAUCACCGCAGUAUCGGAUGUCAGCUGUCGUCGGUCCGAUGACCUCAGCAUGACCAACAGAUGACAUACGAAGGAGCAAAGGACGGCAAUCCCACUGGGGUAUGAUACACGAUGCUCCCCACGUUGGCCUUGCGCUGGUUCCGAAGGUACAAAGUAUUCUUUCUGAUUGGGUUCCUAAUCGUGGCAGCUCAGAUCUUCCUGGCGUACAAGCUGCUCAAGAUACCUGUUUCCGGCACCGGAAGUAGUGAGGAACGAGAUUUGAGUAAACGCCUCUAUGAAAAGUACGUGAAGCGUGUGGUGGGGCCGAAUUUGUCGGCCGAUGACGAAGAUCCGGGUGGAGAUCAGAAACAGGCGGAUACGAAGCUAGAUGGCAGAAGUAAGGAUGGCACCGUCGGAAAUCAGUCCGGUAGAAAACAUUCGGGCAGAACUUAUCUGAAUCUUAAAGAGUUAGACUUUGUUCCUCCAUGUGAUAUCUACAGCAAAGAAACGGUUUCGGCGAUCAUCCGGGCCAAAAGCCAAUCCUGCAAACGGCAAAUAGUUGAUAUUGCCUGUGAAAUUCAGAAGGGAACUUUCUAUCCCAAAUGGUUGCCCAAUUAUUGUCCCAACGGAAACUUCGUCCCGAACCGAUCGUUGGGAUGCUAUCAGGAUGAGAAAAAUUUUCGAUUACUUUCCGGAUAUUACACCAAUUUCAAAUCUAACAAUUCUCCCAAACGAUGCAUCCAACUUUGUCUUCAGUCGGGAUUUUUAUAUGCCGGCGUUCAAUAUUCUAGCGAAUGUUUCUGCGGAGAUGAGAUUCCAAAAAGCUCAGCCAAAUUACCUGACUCGAGCUGCAAUAUGAAAUGUUCAGGUGAUCCGAAACAAGCUUGCGGCGGAUAUUUCACAGUUAACGUCUACGAAACGGGCAUCGCUAAAUUCAGUCCACAGUCGACAGAAAUUGUGCCCAAAGUGAGCGAGGAACCGGUUCGGAUCGUUUUCCUGCUGACACUGAAUGGUCGUGCUUUGCGACAAGUUCACCGGCUGCUCAGAACGCUUUAUAGCCCUAGGCACUACUAUUUCAUUCAUAUCGAUUCGCGCCAGGAAUAUCUGUUUCGGGAGCUUCGAAAGCUAGAGUCCCGGUACCCGAAUGUGCGGCUAUCCCGUCAUCGCUGGUCCACCAUCUGGGGAGGUGCCUCGUUGCUGCAAAUGUUGCUAGGAUGUAUGCAGCACCUGCUUCAGCAAAUGCCCGAAUGGCGUUGGGAUUAUGUUCUCAAUUUGAGUGAAAGCGAUUUUCCCGUUAAGACACUGGAAAAGUUGGUGCUGUUUUUGAGCGCCAAUCGGGGCAAAAAUUUCGUCCGUAGCCACGGCCGUGAGGUUCAGCGCUUCAUUCAGAAGCAGGGAUUGGAUCGGACGUUUGUGGAGUGCGACAAUCACAUGUGGAGAAUUGGUGAUCGAGUGCUGCCGGCGGGCAUUCAAAUCGACGGAGGAAGUGAUUGGAUCUGCCUUUCGAGAGACUUUGCUAGAUACGUGACCGAGGGUCAACAAGGAGACGAUCUGAUCGAGGGAUUGAUGGUUAUAUUCCGUCAAACAAUACUGCCAGCGGAAUCGUUUUUUCACACGGUUCUGCGCAAUUCCAAAUUUUGCAAUAGCUACGUGGACAAUAAUUUACACGUGACCAAUUGGAAGAGGAGGCUCGGGUGCAAAUGUCAGUACAAACAGAUCGUAGACUGGUGUGGCUGUAGUCCGAACGAUUUCAAGCCGGAAGAUUGGGCAAAGCUUCAAGGAACUCUAGCUAAACAGUUUUAUUUCGCACGAAAGUUCGAACCGAUUAUCAACCAAGCUGUCAUAUUGCAACUUGAGGAAUGGGUUCAUGGACCUUAUCCGGCGGAUUACCCAAACCUUCACUCUUAUUGGCAGAACUUCUACCAUUAUGAAGACCAAAGCACUGCCAUCGAUGGGGCUGUCCUGAAAGUGAGCCAAAGUAUUCUGAGAAGCAAUUCCAAACUAAUGCAAUUUCAGGAGCCCUUCCGGAUACGAGAAUUGACUCACUAUCUGGAACGCGAUCACUAUCGAGGGUUUCUGAUUCUUUUCGAGUCGGAUUCCGCGCUAUGGGAAACUCGCGUUCAACCCAACAAUUCCGCCCAGGUAUCCAAAACAGCCCCUCUAGGGCGUCGAAUAACACAAUUCGAAGUGAGCACCGAUUUCGACCAGAAAGAGCAAUUGUCCCGAAAUUUUCCAAGAAUUAUUGGAAGUUUCUCGGAGCUGGUGUUAAUUUUCCGAUUAGCUCCAUCCCGUAACGAAAAAAACACCUCCAGUUAUCCACUGAACGUGCUGUGGAUCGAUCCCGAGGGCAAAUUGGCAGAUUCAGUUGACCUGACGAUCGAAGACAAUCCGGCAGGGCCGGAGGAAAAUUUGAUUCAUUUCAGCAAAGCGAUCAAUAUCAAAGUCCCAUUGCAGGUGGGCAUCUGGACAGUUAAAUUGAUCCACAAAAAGGUUCUCCUGGGUGUGACGCACUUCCUGGUGAUCGGAAGCGAUGAAACCUUGGGGGUAAAUCAAACGGAUACAACCAAAGAGCAUGAACUAGAUAGGUUAGUGCAGCAAAUUUUUACUAUAAGGGAAACUUGUUUUGCUGGAGAACUGGAGCAAGGUGGGAUCUAUCGUGAAGUGCCUGCCUGUGACCGAACUAUUUGGAGCAGUCGAGCUCCGGAUCCAAAGAGUGACGCGUUUUCGAUGGCCGAACGAGAUUCCGAUGGGAUGGGUUUCUUAUGAUGACUGUUUGAACAACAGUUGCUGCUGCUCAGUUAGCGUAAGUUAUUGUUUUAUAGUUGCCCUCUCGAAGAUUAUGUGCCAUUUAUGAACACUUUGUUCACAUUGUUUUAAACGUUUUUAUUUUUGCAUCAACGCACGAGUGAUUUUGUUUUUUGAUGGCACGUUAAACGUGAGGAAUGUCGAUGGCUUUAGAAAUUCAAACUGGAAAAAAAGUCGAAAAUAAGGAUAAGAAAUCAUCAUAUCACUUUGUAUUACCACGUGAAGUUGAAUAACUUGUAAGAAAAUAAUCUUUUCAACUACUUUUCCUAAAACACUCCACAUUCUUCGAUACUGUUGUAUUUUAGCUUUCCGUUGUGAACUUUUAAACAAAUUUCAUAAAGUUCAAACUCGAUAAGAUAAUAUAAAGUGAUACCGUUGGAACUAUGAGGCAUACCAAAAAAAAAAAUAAUAAUAAUAACUCAAUUUUGUUGCUUGAAAUAAUAAGAAAACUUCAAAAAAUUAAUCUUUUCCUUAAAACUCAAAACAAACCCUCGAAUAAUUUUUAUCCUACUUAAAUAUGUGGAAAAGGUAUAUUUAGGUCGAUGUAAGAACGUCGUUUUGCUACUGCAAUUGCAAAACAAGAAAAGCAUUUCGUUUGAUCUUUCAGCAAUAACAAAUAACUCAGCAAAACCAAUUGCAAAUACAAAACAAUGACGAGUUGUUAUAAAAUAUAUAAAUAAUCUGUAAGUUAAAAAAAGAAAAACAAA